AUGCAAAAUCCUUUCCCUUCUUCAAACUCGCAAAAUUUAGUCGAAUCUAGCUCUAUAAAUAUGGAUAUACUUACUCAAUUACAAGACUCAAUAGAUAGCAUCCGAGCAAGUCCAAAGACGCAACAGGAACACAUCCAAGAUAUCUGUAAAAAAGCGAAACAAAUAGAAUUGUUGAUUGAUGCUUUACCUGGUAUAAAUCAUUCAGAAGCGGAACAAGUCGAAAUACUUAAAUCGCUAGAUCAGGAAUUAAAAGUUGUUAAUGAAGAAUACAUAAAGGCAGUUCAAGAUGCUGAAUCUUUAUUGAAACAAAUAAAAGAAACUAUUAGAAUCAUAUCUAAAGACCAAAGUAUUGAGAUGGGAUAA